AAGGAAUGGUCCGCAAUCUAUCUUUCUUGUUACAGAGCAUGCUUCUCCAUAGCUUGUUGAUAACCUUUCACCAGGCCACUCUCUUUCUCACGAUUAGUCAGCGAACUUGUAAUCCAUUAAGAGUAAGAAGCCAUGGCUCUUAUUAUUUGCCCUGCUUCUAAUCCUGUCUUCUUACACACCAUACUUCUCCGUUGCUGCUGAUACCCUUUCUCCAGGCCACUCUCUUUCUCACGAUUAGUCAGCAAUCAUUUGGAAGCAAACUUGUAAUCCAUAAUCCAUGAAGAGUAAGAAGCCAUGGCUCUUAUUAUUUGCUCUGCUUCUAAUCCUGUCUUCUUACACACCAUACUUCUCCAUUGCUGCUGAUACCCUUUCUCCAGGCCACUCUCUUUCAUUCAGUGAGACCAUAUUAUCUCAAAGUAGCACUUUCGUGCUCGGUUUCUUCCAACCCGGAACUUCACGAAAAAUCUACCUGGGCAUAUGGUAUAUAAUGUUGAAUCGGACGGAAGUUCUUUGGGUAGCAAACAGAGAAAACCCUUUGUCUGACCCAUUUUCAGCAAGACUCGACCUCUCAAAAGACGGCAAUCUACUCCUGUCUCAAGAUUCCUCCGACAUCCCAUUUUGGUCGACAAAUUUGACAUUUCCCCACUCAAAUUUGACUGAAGCACUACUUCUUGAUGAUGGGAAUUUUGUUUUGAGAGAUGGGUCGAACCAGAGUCUUAUAUUUUGGGAGAGUUUCGACCAUCCAACCGAUACAUGGCUGCCAGGUGUAAAGCUUGGGAUCAAUAAGGUUACUGGAAAACCACAGCAGCUCAUUUCAUGGAAAAAUUCAGAAGAUCCAGCACCUGGUGUGUUCUCGUUGGGGUUAGACCCAAAUGGAAGCAAUCAAUAUUUCCUAGAGUGGAACAAAUCCCAAAUCUAUUGGAGUUCUGGACUUUGGGAUGGAACAUCUUUCAGCAAUAUUCCUGCGUUGAGAUCGAAUUAUAACUACAGUUCCUUCAGUUAUGUGUCAAAUGAAAAUGGAAGAUAUUUUACUUAUUCUCUUCCUAAUAGUUCUGCCAUUUCUAAAUUUGUGAUGAGGUCUUCAGGAAAAUUCCAGCUAUCCACGUGGCUGGAUGCGCAAUGGAAUUUAUUUUGGUCUGAACCGAAGGUACAAUCUGAUGUCUAUUCUUUGUGUGGUGCAUUUGGCGUGUAUCGUGAGAAUUUCUCGAGCCCCUGUGAAUGUCUAACAGGUUUCGAACCAUCUUCGAUGGAAGACACCAGUCUAGAUGACUGGUCAGGUGGGUGUGUAAGGAAAUCCCCUUUGCAAUGUGAGAAUAAUACGUAUGCCAAUGGCAAAAAAGAUUGGUUCACGAAAAUAUCAAACAUGCGAUUGCCUGUUUAUUCGAAACCAUAUUUGGCCUUGAGUGCUGGGAAAUGUGAACAGGCUUGCAUGGAAAAUUGUUCUUGCGCAGCUUAUGCUUAUAAUAGUAGUGGGUGUAUGAUAUGGGAAGGAGCUCUUUUGAACUUACAGCAACUCUCAAAUGGUGGCGAGAUUGGACAAGAUAUCUAUCUCAGACUUGCUGCUGAUGAUCAUCAAAGCACCAAAGGCAAAAAAUGGAAGGUAUGGGUAGCUGUGCUGGUCCCAGCAACAGGGCUUUUCCUAUGCCUCUUCAUUUGUUUUUCAUGCAAAGGAAAACUCAAACGCAUAGAUCAAACAGGAUCAAGCAAUAAUCUACUAUUAUUUGAUUUUGAUACGGAGCUCCGUGCAAUCAAUGAUGGAAUGAACACCAACAAUAAUAUGAAUAAAAGAGAGAAAGAUGCCGAGUUACCACUAUUUAGUUAUGAAAGUGUAUUAGCUGUAACCAAUAAUUUCUUAGCUGUGAAUAAGCUUGGAGAAGGAGGCUAUGGACCAGUUUACAAGGGGAGAUUACUCCAAGGAAAAGAAAUUGCAGUGAAGAUGCUAUCAAAAAGAUCUGGACAAGGAAUUGAGGAGUUCAGAAAUGAGACAAUACUAAUUGCAAAACUCCAGCAUAGAAAUCUUGUCAGACUCUUAGGUUGUUGUAUCGAGCGAGAAGAAAAGAUAUUAAUAUAUGAGUACAUGCCCAAUAAAAGUUUGGACUUCUACCUUUUCGAUCCAACCAAGAAACAGAUGUUAGGUUGGGAGACACGCAUACGCAUUAUUGAAGGCAUUGCUCAAGGGCUUCUUUAUCUUCAUCAAUAUUCAAGGUUACGAAUCAUACAUAGAGAUCUAAAACCAAGUAACAUUCUCUUGGAUAGUGAAAUGAAUCCAAAAAUAUCAGAUUUUGGCAUGGCUCGAAUAGUUGGAGGCAAUGAAACACAGGCAAACACAAAUCGAAUUGUUGGAACUUAUGGAUACAUGUCUCCCGAGUAUGCUAUACAAGGUUUAUAUUCGAUAAAGUCCGAUGUUUUUAGCUUUGGAGUAUUGCUACUGGAGAUUAUAAGUGGCAAAAAGAAUACUGGCUUCUUUAACCAUAGUUCACUUAGUCUUCUUAUAUAUGCUUGGGAGUUGUGGAGAGAUGAUCGAAGUUUGGAGUUGAUCGAUCCAACAGUAGGACAUCCUUCUUCCAGUUCUAUUAUGUUGAGAUUCAUUAACAUCGGCCUUCUUUGUGUCCAAGAAAGACCGACUGAUCGACCUACUAUGCUUGAUGUAGUCUUAAUGAUUAGCAAUGAGCAUGCACUUCUACCUACCCCCAAGCAACCACUCCAGAAUAUGAUGGACACAAAUUCAACAGUUGACAAUGCAGAAAAUUACUCAAAGAAUAGCGUAACUAUUUCAACAAUGGAAGCCCGUUGACAGAUUCCUAUACCAAAGAAAAUAAAUGUUGUAGAACCAAUAUUUUUGUAUAAUUUGUAUGCAUUUUGAUAUGUUACAUACUUGUCACUAAA